AUGGCUGCUGCUGCUAGGACGCUUCGCAUAGGUCUCAUCCCCGGUGACGGCAUCGGCCGAGAGGUCAUUCCGGCCGGCCGGAAGGUUUUGGAGUCUCUCCCCUCCUCUCUGAACCUCAAGUUCAGCUUCGUCGAUCUCGAUGCGGGCUUCGACACCUUCAAGCGCACCGGUAGCGCUCUCCCCGAUAAGACAGUCGAGAUCCUCAAGAAGGAGUGCGAUGGUGCUCUGUUCGGCGCUGUCAGCUCCCCUAGCACCAAGGUCGCCGGCUACUCCUCUCCCAUCGUCGCCCUCCGUAAGAAGCUUGACCUGUACGCCAACGUCCGCCCCGUCAAGACCACCGCCGGCAGCACCGACGGCAAGCCCAUUGACCUGGUGAUUGUUCGUGAGAACACCGAGGAUCUCUACGUCAAGGAAGAGCAGACCAAGGAGACCCCCAAUGGCAAGGUUGCCGAGGCUAUCAAGCGUAUCUCCGAGAACGCUUCCUCCCGCAUCUCCACCAUUGCCGGUGAAAUUGCCCUCCGUCGCCAGAAGAUCCGCAGCGUUGCUGGUAUCGCUGGCCUCCGCACCGAACCCAUGGUGACCAUCACCCACAAGUCCAACGUUCUCUCUCAGACCGACGGUCUCUUCCGUGAGACCGCCCGUAAGGCCCUUUCCGCCGACCGCUUCUCCUCUGUCCAGGUUGAGGAGCAGAUCGUCGACUCCAUGGUUUACAAGCUCUUCCGUCAGCCCGAAUACUACGACGUCAUUGUCGCCCCCAACUUGUACGGUGAUAUCCUGUCGGAUGGUGCUGCUGCCCUGGUUGGUAGUCUGGGACUGGUUCCUAGCGCUAACGUUGGUGAUGGCUUCGCCAUCGGUGAGCCCUGCCACGGCAGUGCCCCCGACAUUGAGGGCAAGGGUAUUGCCAACCCCAUCGCCACUCUGCGCAGUGUUGCCCUGAUGCUGGAGUUCUUGGGUGAGGAGACUGCCGCUGCCAAGAUCUACACUGCUGUUGAUGCCAACCUUGAUGAGGCCAAGUUCCUUUCUCCUGACAUGGGCGGUAAGGCUACUACCCAGGAGGUUUUGGAUGAUGUCCUGAAGAGGCUGUAA